GAGACGUAGAGUGUUGUCACGAGCCACAUUAGCACACAUACAUGCAUGGAGGAAUUUCGGUGGCUUCCGUAACAAAAAUGCCCCCAAAUGCAGGAGACUCAGCACUGCUUUGCUCGGCAAGGAUUUCCUCAGUUUCAGUUAGAGGCUAAGGAAUGUCUCCACUAACUGUCUCCAGAUGUGCCUACUUGGCAACCCACUGAUGAAACGUUGCUGAGGGGACACAGGACCUACACUAUCAAAUUGGAUAUGGACGUGGGUUUUGAGCAGUUCACCAGGCACAGCUUUUAACACUCCUUACAAGAAGUGUGGAGACAAUGAGAGUUCAGCUCAAAGGGGAUGCAAUCUGCACCCUUUUCCUGGUGGUAGUGCUUUGCUCUUUACUCUAUUCCCAGUUGGAGCAUACUUCCCCAACAGGAAACAAGGAGCAAACGCACAAGAAACCUUCCCCAAUGCAGAGGAUCUUCCCAGGACCCGAAGCCCCCAAGUGGCAUCCUCAAGCGGAGGUGACAUUUGGCCGACCCAGAAUCAUUUCUAUCGCUAAAGAUGCAGAGGUGGCAAGUAAAAAGGCCCAAACUACCACUCCUCCACCGCUGGCUCAUUCUGCCUUCGACUUCAAGCGCUACCUUCUAAACAAGGACAAUCGGAACUUUGAUCUUCUCAUUAACCAGCCCAAGAAAUGCCUGAGAACACCCGAAGGUCCCUUCCUGCUUAUAGCCAUCAAAUCGGUGGUUGAGGACUUUGAUAGACGUGAGAUUGUCCGUAAGACCUGGGGCAGGGAGGGUUUGGUGAACGGGGUGCAGGUUCAAAGAGUUUUCCUCCUGGGAAUACCAAAGAACAAGACGGCACUUGCAACAUGGGAGAUUCUUGUCCAUCAGGAGAGUCUGAUGUACCAGGAUAUUUUACUCUGGGACUUUCUGGAUACUUUCUUCAAUCUGACCCUGAAAGAGAUCCACUUCCUGAACUGGGCUGACGAGUUUUGUUCCAGUGUGAAGUUCAUUUUUAAAGGGGAUGCUGACGUUUUUGUCAAUGUGGAGAACAUCAUUGACUUCCUCGACAGACAUGACCCUGCAGAAGACCUCUUUGUUGGGGACAUCAUCUACAAUGCUCACCCAAUCCGGGUGCAGAAGAGUAAAUACUACAUCCCAGAAACGAUGUAUGGGCUAGGCACAUACCCACUCUAUGCAGGGGGAGGGGGCUUCUUAUUGUCCAGCAGCACCAUGAAAAAGCUCUUCCAGGCUUGCAAAGAGGUGGAGCUCUUCCCCAUUGACGAUGUCUUUUUGGGUAUGUGCUUGCAGAGAAUCAAUCUCAAACCUGUUUUGCAUGAAGGAUUCAAGACGUUUGGCAUCGUGAAACCCUCAGCUGCCCCACACCUGCAGACGUUUGACCCCUGCUUUUACAAAGAUCUCAUGGUAGUCCACAGUCUAAAAGUAGCCGAAAUCUGGCUAAUGUGGAAUCUGCUUCACAGCCCACGGCUUUCCUGCACCCAGAAGAAGCAGGUGAAGAAGCCUUUCCAGUGGAAGAGGAAAAAACCUGAAGCAAUGACGGACAGCAGCCUUCUGAUAAAGCAGGCUAAGCAUGGCAGAAGUAGGUGAUGAACGAAGCUCAGAAGAACCUUGGGGGGCUGCAACCCAACAUGCUGAUUUAGCGCAUCUCACAAACUAUUAGGAGACAAGGCCACCCUAUUGCAGACGUUUGCCAGAAUUCCACAUCUGCACACACUAUAUGCAGUAGGAUUUUUCCCCUUAACCUGAUUCCAAAUAAUUCACAAAACUAGAUUUAAUUUAUUGUUAUUUAUUAGUAUCGCAGUAGAGUUUAAAGACCCCCAGCUAAGACUAGUCUGCUAUACAACAUACAGUAAAAGACAGCCCCAAAGAGAUUAUAAUCUAAUUUGAGACUUAACAUGAUAAGUGAAUGUGACAUAAAAGGAGCAGGAUAAAGGGGGAGAUGAGGACAAGGAUCGUGAAGAUAAAAAAAAAUCAUUGCUACAUAGGUCUGGGAUUACUGAGAGCCAGCAAGAACCACCAAAUUGUGCAGUAGCUAAAAUACAGAAAAUCAGCUCUCCCCAACUGAUGCACAAACCAAACCAUCAUCAGCUGGCUCCUUGGAGGUGUUACAACAGAGGUGGGUCGUGAAGGAGAAGAGGGCAGUGGCAUUAUGGAUUAAUUCAGGGAGGGGGCUCUAUGCAGAAUGGGAGGAGGAGAGGAGAUGAAAUUGGAAGCGGGCUUUGCCGGCAGACCAGAGAAUGGGUGAGAGGGCAACAUGAUCAGAGACCUGCAGGUAAGUAGGAAGGGUCAGAGCUGUGAAGGGCCUUGAAGGUGAGGAUAAGAAGUUUCAUUGUUGCCCCUCCCUAUGUACUGAUGUCUCAUUCAUAGCAACACUCCAGUCAAACUCCUGCUAAACUGAUGCUGAGUCAGGAUACAAGUUGGGCAGGUUCAUGGCAGCUUUCAACUAUUUAUGAUGUAAAUUGAUUUACAGUCAAUGGAAGCUGAAAAUCAUCUGACAACAGCUGAUCAUCUUCUCACCUUGAUGGUCCAGAUCCCCCUUUUCAGACCUCUGCUGGCGAGCAGAGCAAUGGUAAAUGCAUACUUCUGCCCCAUGUGUCUCUCACUGUGCUCUUUGAUCUGGAAGAAAUUACUGACAUACGGGACUAGUUUAUAGAGAUUCAGGCCCUUAGUGUACUGAACACCGUCAAAUAUGAGAAGUAGCUGGGCAUUCUCAGACACUGGAGGGGGAAAAUACCCUUCAGACACAAAGGCUUUGAAAUAAAAGCUCUUCAGGACAUUGCAGCAAAACACAAGUAAACAAAAACAAACAACUUUCUGCCAUUAGGUAACAUUCAAUUUAUCAUUCAAAGUUUUUGAAUAAGCAUUUAGACUUUUGGAGAGGAUCGCUGGAUUGCUUGAUUCAACACAGCCUGGACAGCAUUUUAGCACUUAAAGCAUUUUAUUUUCUGAUCACAGGUGACCUUAAAAAUAAGUACUCACUGGCCAGCACAAGUAGGAAGUGAAUCUCUUAAAGAGGAUUAGGAAAGGCCUUUUGAUCCAGGAAGUUAUAGGCCCCGAUGCACAGCUGAAAAGCUGAGACUAUGAUUGUUAAUUUAGGGACCUAACUCUUUGAAAUCAAUGGAAGUGAGGCCCCUAAAUACCUUUCACGAUCUGAGUCUAAGUCUUAAGCAUAUACUUAAAUCCACCCUUAUUGAGGAGAGAAUUUAAGAACGUGCUCAAAUCCCAUUGACUUUAAGCCGAUGUGUAAGGACUGUCCUGCAGAGGGCUGUUUUUCCUGAUUUGGGGCCUAUCCCAUAGGUCCCUUUCACAGCUGCAGGAUAGUGCACAGUACCAGCUUUUUUUUGUUUUUGCAUUUGCUAUACCAUGGUCUCAAUUCUAACUUUCACUCUGCUGCACAGUUGGAGGGGAGGGAGUCCGUUAACCUUUAUUGAUGCGCUGUAGCACUUAUUGAUGAAGUGCAGUGAUGUGUUAUCUCUUGGUUAGAAAGGGAAAUUAUGUACUUUCAGGAGAAUUGUCAACUGUGGAUGAUAUUAUGAUCCUUCUGUUUCUGUGAUAUGUUGGCAAUUCUGGGAAUAAAUACCUUCUGUAUAAAAAGUGUUCACACAAAAAAAAUUGAUGAAAUAUACGGUAGUUCUGCAGAGACUGGAAAUCAGUCCCAGUCUUGGCUGGAAAACCAUCACACGAGGGUGGUAAACGUGCCAUAUGCAUGUAUUGAUGAACCGUACAGAAAUGCUUUAUGUGGUGAUCAG